AUGGCACCCGAGGGCAUCGCCGUCAUUGGUCUGCAAGCAGACCUAGGCUUUUUGCCUCCACCUGAACCCUCCCUGAAGCCGAAGGCCGAGGAACGGCAAAGCGUAGAAGAGCCCGCCGGAGAGCCGGCCGCAGACCCCAAGGCACGAACGUCUAGAAUCGCAACCAGCCCUAGGGCGAGCGACAGUGAUGACGAUGCGUCCAUCGGAGGCGCAACACCCGCCCCGGGCCGAACGGUGGCGGCGGCUACCAGGCCACUAGCCGCCCCAGACCAGGGCAGGGCCCCGGGCGCCGGCGGGCGGUGGCGCCCCCGCUACACUGGAGCCAAGGCUCCAGCGGCAAGGGCAGCCCGCCAGCGGGCCAGGCAGGCGCGAGCGGCGGUGCCCCGGACCGGCAGCCGGCCACGUGAGGGCCGGCCGGAGGUGGGUGGUCGCCCGGGCAGGCGGCGGCGGCAGCGGCAGCGCCCCCGCCCCACCGGAGCCGGCCCAAGCGGCAAGGACGGCGUGCCCGCGGGACAGGCACCAAGGCCACGGCGUAGGAGUAAGCCCGGCGGCGUCGAGCCAGGCGGAGAGACCCCAGGCGAGAGCAGAUCCGCCUAG